AUGGGCUCAGGUCUUUGCCUUACUCGCCGUCCGAACCUCAUGUCACACAGCUCCAAUGCUUUCUUGUCGGGUUUCGCACUGCGCAGAGAGGAUUCAAGAAGAAGCUGCGAGGGCGAGGAGGAUAUUGAAGACAAAGCUUGGGCAGCUUUGAAGAAGAGGCGCCUUUUGCCCGGGACGGCGACGUCUGAUGAAGACUUCCGGCAGCUUUCUGCGCAUUUCGAAGACGUCCGGUCGGUCUUUCAGAAUGAACAGCCAGACGUCCUGCAUGGUUCUGACAGCACUGUCCAGAUCGUCUUAAGACACAAGACGAGAAUUGCCAACAAGUACCCCAAUGUGUCUGCGUAUAUGACAAAGCAUAUUCCAGCGGGAGAUGCCCCGCCAAGGCGAAACAUAAUAUGCGCUUUCACCGCGGAGACUGCUACAUCUUGCAUCCAAGCGGUGCCUUUCAACACGAUUACAAAGGUCUUCCCUUGGGUUGCAGCUCGUUACUUAUUGUCUUGA